GUGUUUGCUGCUGACGAUGAGCUGGUCGCCGGCUGAAGGACAGCCGCAGCAGCAGCAGAGAUGGCUGCCUCCCUCCGCCGGACAACCGCAGUAUCAGCCUCAAUCUUAUCAGCAGCAUCCUCAGCAGCAUCCUCAGCAGCAUCCUCAGCAGCAGCAGCAGCAACAGUAUGGCGUGGAUGCGGCGCGAUCACCUUCAUCCUAUGCCCAGCAUCCUGACUCGACAUUGGCGACUGGGUCGGACGCCAGCAACACUGCCGCGUUCACUGCACCCCAGCAGUAUCAGCAUCAGCAGUAUCAGCAGUAUCAGCAGCAUCCGCAGUAUCAGCAGAAUCCGCAGCACCAGACUGCGCCAGGUCAGCAGCAACUCAGUCCGCCUGCGUCCUCGUACUCCCCUCAUCCACAGCAGCAGCAGCAGCAGCAGCAGCAGGCGUCGUUCUCGUCGUUCGAUGCGUCGUACAAUCCAUACGGCAGCAGCAUGGGCAGCAGUGCGGUGCAGUCGUCGUCGGGCUCGAUGCCAAGCUGGGCAGGCACGACUCGUAUGCGAUCCACCCAGCCAAGCCAGCAGCAGCAGCAGCAGCAGCAACAACAACAGCAGCAACAUCAGCAGCAACAAGCAUAUGCUCAGCAACAGCAGUACAGCCAACAGCAGUUCAACCCGCAGUACAAUCAGCAGCAGCUGCAGCAGCAGCAGCAGUUUGGCUACAAUCCCCGAUCGUCGUCCUCUGCGUAUGCCAAUUCUGUCUAUGGUGGCAACAGCCAAGGCUUUGGAUUUGGCAGCUCGAGUCAUAGCUCGAACAGCUCAGGCGGCAUUGGGCGCAGGCGUGGAAGCUCGGAUGGUCUGCUCCCCAGCGUUGGCGGCGGACAAGCCGGUGGCGGAUUCGGAUUGCGCUCCAAGACGGCCAACAGGCGACUCUUCAUGGUGCUAGGCAUGCUGGCGUUCAUGUGCGUUGUCGGACUGUACUGGAUGCUCAGUCAGGUCGAAUCGGACUUGCAGGCUGGAAUCCAACUGCCGCCAAACCAGCACGGGCGACUGCCAAUCGCAGGUCCGGUCGGCGGUGAUGACGACGACGAGCGCCACCUUCCAAAGGAACCGCCGGUAAAGGGAAAUCCAAACAACUUGGACAACAAUGGAAUACCAGCACUCAACAGGCCUCAGCACCCGGGUCUGAACGGUCCGCCGGUUGACGUCGCCGCUGCUCGCAUGGCGCGCCGGGCAGAGAUGGAGCGCCGCCGUCUCGACAACGACCGCAUCCGACAGGAGGCCAUGGAAAAUCAAGAAGCUGAUCUCGGUGGUGAUGGUGGUGGUGCUGCUGGUGCUGGCGAGGACGGACUGGACAACAACAACAACAACAACAAUAUCAACAACAUUGCAGACAACAACCCGCCACAGAAAGGCCGGGCAAAGCUUCGCCGAGCUGAUGCUCUUUCCGAGCAAGACGUCGAGCAACUGGCUCGAGAGCGCCAGCGCCAUCUCCAGCCAAAUCUCUUGGGCGAAGCCGAGGAGGGCGACCUGCAGGCCAACCCGGAAUUGGCGGUCGCACAGCAGGAGCCGCCCCAGCAUGCCAACGAAGAUCGCCACGAAAUGCACCACGUGUUGCAGCCAGAGAUGGCCGGAGACGAGUUUCGCCGCCGUCAGCGGGGCGUGCAACCGGACUUGCUGUCCGUCUACACGACUGGCGCCACGUUUGCCUGCUUGAAACCCGCCCCCAGCGACCGGGAGCUGCCACAAACAGCCAUCAACGACGAGUUUUGCGAUUGCGCCGACGGAAGCGAUGAGCCUGGCACGUCCGCGUGCUCGAACGGCGAAUUCUACUGCGUGGAGAACGAAAUGCUCAUUGCCUCGUCGCGUGUGAACGACGGCAUUUGCGACUGCUGUGACGGCUCUGACGAGUACUCUUCGCUGCUCCUGGAUCCGAGCGGCCUUGCGCCCGCUGACGUGCCUCGCCGAUGCAGCAACACCUGUUCUGCCUUGGCUGCUGCGCGAGACGAGCGACGGCGGUUGCGUGAGCGCGCGAUUGCUGUCAAGCACGAGUACGAGCAGCAGGCACGACAGGCCUUUUCUGCAGCACAAGUCGCCAAGCUGCAGGUCGUCCCGGGCGACCAACAGCAGCACGAGGGAGGCCCCGACAAACGCGGGGACGCUGCGCCAGUUCCUGCGUUCCCAGCCAUCCUGGAACAUUCCGAGCCAUUGUUUGCAUUCUUUGUGCCUGCCUCUCGCGAGUUUUCCAUUUCCAACGGCCAGUACACGUACACUGUCAAGCUCUUUGAGGAAGUUCUCCAGCACAGCCAGUCCGGCAGCCGUGUGACUCUUGGUCGAACGGUCGAAUGGAAAGAGCCGGGCCGUGUUCUUCGAGUCACAGGCGGCGACAUGUGCCCCAACUCUGUUGCUCGCUCCGUGACGGUCAACUUUACCUGCUCGGACGAGGAUCGCAUUGUCAGCAUUGCCGAGGACGAGCGCUGUCUCUACGUGAUGGAGUUUGCAACCCCUGCCGCUUGUUGAUUUGGUCUUUUUGUCAUUGUUGUGUACCACGCAUCCGGAUGUGUGCGUGUACCAUUGCGAGUUUUUGUACCAAGACAACACAUUUCGUUUUGUUUUUUUCAAUGGAACCAGCGGCGUCAAAACAGUGCAAUCAAUACACUUCAUGUACAAGAA